ACUUUAGUUUUCCUCACCAUCAGCGGGUUUCUGGUCCGAACGGCCCCGAAAAGACAGAAACCGAUGCCCGGUGAAAGUAUUUGACAGUGAGGAACGCCAUCACCCAGGUACGCUAAAUAUGGCGGUGAGGAGUAACAGUUAAAGUUACAGACCCUGUCAUGACUGCUGGAGCUGAACUAAGUGUGAAGAGAAGACCUCCUUGGAGUUUGUUUCAGUAAUUCAAAAGGCACCUCGGCAGACAGGUGCUAUGAGCAGUGAGCUGAACGUGCCUAUGGGUUCCCCGGCCCCAGGGGUUUCAGAGCGGGCUUCGGAAGGCGGGGGGAUGGACUACAGGGACUGGGUGCGACGCAGUUACCUGGAGCUGGUCAGCUCCAACCACCACUCAGUGCAGGCCCUGUCCUGGAGGAAACUCUACCUGAGCCGGGCCAAGCUGAAGGCCUCCAGCAGGACAUCUGCACUGCUCUCUGGCUUCGCAAUGGUGGCCAUGGUGGAGGUUGACCUGGAGAUGCAGUACAGUUACCCUCGUGUGCUUCUCAUUGCCUUCAGCGUGUGCACCACCGUGCUAGUGGCGGUGCACCUCUUCGCUCUGCUGAUCAGCACCUGCAUCCUGCCCAACGUGGAGGCCGUCAGCAACAUCCACAACCUCAACUCUGUUAGCGAGUCGCCCCACGAGCGCAUGCACUACUACAUCGAGCUGGCCUGGGGCUUCUCUACAGCCCUGGGCAUCCUGCUGUUUUUAGCAGAGGUGGUGCUCCUCUGCUGGAUCAAGUUCCUGCCCGUGGACUCCAGCGUGGCCAAAAAGGCAACCACCUGCAUCACCACAACAGCCACCGCUAUGACGAAGCCUACAGCACCCUCACCGCAGUACAGCGGCUGGCAGGCUGCGCUGGCCUCCACCAUCAUCAUGGUCCCAGUGGGGGUGAUUUUUUUGGUGUUCACCAUUCACUUCUAUCGCUCUCUGGUGCGCCACAAGACAGAGCGCCACCACCAGGAGAUCGAGGAACUGCACAAGAUUAAGGUGCAGCUAGAUGGCCAUGAGAGAGGCCUCCAGACUGUGUGAUAACAUGACAGCAGCUUUAAGGACUUCCCUUUGUAUCCCAUAUUUAUCAAGUCCUCUCCCUUCUCUGAUGUUUGUUCCGGUCAUUGUUAAUGCCUUGCUUGGACUCGUAGGCAGUGAGCUUUAAAGCUCCUCACUUUGCAGCACAGACAGCCAAUACAUGUCAGAAAUUAUUCUUAAGGUAAAGUUGCGUUGUAGGAUCUGUGCAGUGACCUUGUCUGUGCUUUAGAUUUGUAACGUGUUGGUCAUAGAUAAUGUAAAAAGGUUUACAGAAAAAGGGCUAUUAUGUUCUGUGUGCCAUUUUUAUGCCAUGUCUGUGUUUUCAUGUUAGGGUUGGGUGACGAUAGCCGGUUCCAUUUUGGAUCUGGUUCUAUGUUUGCAAAAUACCCGGAUUCACUCUGAGGUUAACAAACUCUUGUUGAAUCUUGUAUCUCCCCUCAUGCUUUGCUAGCAAGGCACUGCCAUCACUUUCACCAGAAGAAAUGGCAAACGCCGCCGGGAGCUUAAGCUAAUUAACGUUAAUGCCAUAAGUAACUUGCCUUAAUGUAGGCUUGACUGUUUGAUUAUUGUGCUCUCUGUAAGAUGGUUUCUGUUCUCAGCCAAAGAUUGUUUGUUAGAGAAAGAAGAACCACUCUCUAACAACUACACUUGCAGUUCAUCAACAGAGUGGUCUGUCAAGUUAGUGUCAGUCAUGGGGAAUCUCCCAGUUAAACUUAUAUUACUUACUCAUGUAUCAAUAAUUUAAGCUGAUCAAUUUAAUAGUCAUGUAUCAGGACCUCCAGUAUUUGGUGCAAGUAGCUUAUGAAAAAUAAGAUGUACCAAAGUAUGUUUUACACCUACAGCUGGCACCACCAUUAAAAACUGUAUUGGUUCGGUCUUUUCAGCCAACAUUACAGAUCUGAUACUUUGAGUUUUAGUUAUUCAUAAGUCUUGUUCCUUGCAAAUGUUGAACGUUAAAUAGAUUAAAUAAUAAAUUUUUUAAAAAGUGGAUUUACUAAGCUGAUUCAGCGCUUGAUUCAGAUUUGAUAAAAUGCUAUCGGACCCCAACCCUGUUGCAUGGAUUAGGUGGUGAGUGCAGGCCUCACUCUUCACACUCAACCUGCUCGUCAGUCAGACUCACAUUUCACAUAAAACUGAGCUUGAUGUUUUAACCGUAAAGAGCCAUGUCAUGCAUCGCACUGCAAAGGAUUGAGGGCAUUUCUACACUAUGUAUGUGAGUGUUUGGUGCAGCAUGGUAAAAAAAAAAAAAAAAAAAAUUACCACCAGAGUUGAAAAGUUUUGUUGUGAAGUCUUAAAAAAUGUUGCAUUCUUGUAAAAUUGUCACUGUGUUUUUACAUCAAAUCUCAGACAAGCCUCAAACGUUUUAUCAUCAACUUCCUUCAGCUUCUAUUGUCUUUUACAAAGAUCAUGGAGCCUGUGAAAAAGGGGUCAAACCAGUCAAUUCUGCAUACUGAUGCUGCUCAAAGUGCUUAAAUAUGAAUGUGUUACUGUCCAAAUAUAGUUCUGCCUUAGAAUUAUCGCCUUUAUGAACUGCUGUUUUGCUUAAGGUCAUAACACAAGCAGAUCAGUUUGCUGGGAAUGUUGUUAAUCAUGACAAAGUUUAAACCAAUAAAGUUUGAACGUUGAGUCGGAUGAAGGCCCAAAGGGCUAGAGAAAAUGGUGAGGAGGAAAUGAGAACAGUCGCAGAGUGCAUGUUGUAAUCAGCAUGAGCUUGUGACCUCCAGUUUUGUACUAAAUAUUGGAGACCUUUCGGUGUGUGUUAACUGAAAGAAUCAACACACACAGAGUUGCCGCUGCCUUGGAUGAGGUCGGUGUAUGUUACUGCAUUUAAAAACGAAAAACGUACCAACCUGUUAUCACAUUCCAAAUAAGAUGACUGACCAAAGUGUUACUCAGUUGUUUGUUUCUUGCUUCUCAGAGGAGACAAAAGUGCACUUGUAGUUUAGUUGUACGGUGAGAGUGCACCAGGGGGUCUUAUCAGAGAAUAUAUUGCUUUGUCUUGUGUUUGUGGAUUUGUGCUUCUUAAAUGAAUACUGCAGAGGUCAUGGAGACCUGUGUUAGAAGAUGAAAUUCACAUCCUGCAACAGACUUCCAAAUUAAAAUAAAAUUUUAAGGUUC